CGCAACCAAGUACCAUGGGUAUGGGCGAUUUCGCGACCACAACAAUGCCGGCAGUAGUCGAUGGUACUGCGUGUCUAUUGAUAAGUAAGUGAAAAGAGCUCUGGGUACCGGUACGACGUCGCGAAAAUACUCGCGAGCGACUCUUAAUAAUAGAUUGAUUAAUAUUUGGUGCGAUUAGUAUGUGGGAUUUACGGUUUUGUUGUGUUUUGUUAAUCUACGCAAUCAGUCUUACAAUUAGCAAAACGCAAGCUUACGACGACCCUUCGGGUCCCCAGUACCACAUCCAAACCGACGAAGGACCCGAAAGGUACUUUCGAUACCAAACUUUGAGCGGCCAGUACCGCAAAGAGAAACGACUCGAAGACGGUACCGUGAUUGGUACUUAUGCUUGGAUAGAUGACGAUGGUAUUCUACGUCAAAGAGACUAUAUAGCAGACACCGCCGGCUACAGGAUUACCAAAAGUAAAAAUUUGUUUGUUGGCAAGGCUAUGCCUGUGGGAGAGGCUGUUAAGGCUGCUAAAAAGUACCCAGCUUCAGCUGGUACUUUGGUCUCAGCUAAAACUAGACCGGUACCACCUCUAGUGACUACAACUCCAUCACCACCACCAUUACCAUCAAGUACAGCUCAGCCAUGUGCCUCCUGCUUGCUGACUCCAACCACUUACAAACCAGACGUUUCGUACUUUGUCUCAUCCACCCUCAGUCCUCACGUGGAAAUUUCCAACAACGCUCUGGCAUCUUCCACAAGUUUCCCUGUGGAAAGCAGUACCGUCAAGCCUUAUGUGGAGAUCAAUCAUCACGGUAUCAGCAGCACUACUGGACUACCCUUAGAAUACCUCAAAGGAUUACCAAACUAUCAAGAACAAGAUCAGAAUUCUUUGGAUUAUAAUCCAUAUGUAAAUCAGGGGUUGUUUUUCCAAAACGGCCCUACGUACCCUAUUGACCGAAACGGACAUACUUAUAGAGGCAACAAAAGGUACUCAAAUCCCAACUACAAUAAUAAACAAUAUGACGGAGUAUCAGUUACAAACGACGGAUUCAGGUACUACAUUCCCAGGGCCUACCACGAAGAGCAAAUCGGUACCAACAACGAAAAAGAGGGUAGUUUUGGGUACAUUGACCCCUUUGGUAUACGGAGGGUGGUUUACUACAAUGCUAAACCUGGAGAAGGGUUUCAGCAUAGAAAAAAUAAUCGAUAUGUGGGAUUUGAUGCUACCCCGUACGAUCCUAGGCCCUACUGAGGAAGCUGUGAUAAUUAUAUUUUUAUAUGCCAUAAAAGUGAGGAUUUUGUUUGUACUCAGUGACAGUUGACAAAUGUAUCAAUUUGUCAGCUGUCAAUCGAUUUAACUUUAUACAGGGCGUACAACCUGUAAAUUGUAUAAUUCUCGAAAAAAAUAUUUAAUUUUAAGGUGCCAUAUGAAACAUGGAUUUGGGGGUUGGUUUUCUAAAAGUAGUGGGCUAGGUCUAGUCUUCUAUGGGUAGAGAAAAAUCAAAAUUGCAUUGUUUUUGCACUGAUUGAAAUCAAUUAUUUAUAUUGGUCUGCAACUUAGUUGUAAAUAAUAGAUUCAAUUAUCUUAGAUCUGGGUUUAGUUAUCUUUAGAUAAACUUACUGGUAGCUAUCUGCUAAAUAAAUUCUAUGGCGUUUUCAUCCAUUAGAUUGCUUACCUGACAGUUUCUCGGAAGGUGAAUAAAUCGGCCUUUAGAAUGAGUGAUAAAAGUCGUCCUAAUAAUACAUUAUCCUCAAAAUUCACACUAUCGUUAGCUUUAAUUUUUAGUACACUUUAUUAAUAUAUUUUCUUGUAAAUAGUAGAUUAAUUAACUUAUAAAUAAAAUCAAUAAAUAUA